UUGAGAAUCCACGGAAAAGAUCUUAUUCAUAAAGAAGCAAAUGAAUUUUUUUUUAAGAAGUAAAUGAUUCUUUCUAAUCUAUUAACCUUCCUAUGUAUAACACUAUAAGCACUACUUCAACCAAAAAAAAAAAAAAAACUAAGCACCACAGAAGUCAGAGCGUAGAGAGAUUUAUCUGAAGAAGUACCAGGGAAAAAAAAAUGAAGCAUCAGGUCUAUUUCCAUAGUGGUUCCAAGCGAGCCUACUCCAAGUGGCCUUUUACGGCUCCCUGAGACCGAUCAAGUGGCGCAAUGGACUCAUGCACCAGUCAUAUACAUUUACAGAGCCAAGUCCAACAACACCACGAUCCCAUUUUCAUUUGAGGCAAUGAAAAAUUCCCUAAGCCGUGCUUUGAUUCAAUUCUACCCGUUGGCUGGCCGGCUACACUGGAUUGAAGGUGGCCGGCUUGAACUUGAUUGCAAUGCUAUGGGAGUGCAACUAUUGGAAGCUUAUUCUGAAGCAGAAUUGGAUGAGCUUGGUGAUUUUGCACCAACCGAUGCAGUGCGAGAUCUUGUCCCAAAGGUUGAUUAUACUACUCCAAUAGAGGAGUGGCCAUUGUUUCUUGUACAAGUGACAAGAUUUGGCUGUGGUGGCCUUUGUGUUGGAGUGGCAAUAUCCCAUACCAUGGUUGAUGGACGAUCUGCAACUCACUUCAUCAACUCAUGGGCAAAGUUGUCUCGGGGAUAUGAUCUGGAGGACGCUGAUAUGCCAUUUCUUGAUCGAACUGUUUUGCGAUCAAGUGAACCAGUUAGGAUUCCACGCUUUGAUCACAUAGAAUAUACCACAAAGCCACCAGUCUUGAUUGGGAGGACGGAUGCGAAUGAAGAGAGAAAGAAGGAAACUAGUGCGACCUUGUUAAAACUUACAAAGGAGCAAGUGGAGGUAUUAAAGAAGAGAGCCAAUCAAGACUUUGACGGGGUACCAACAAUAAGGUCCUAUUCUAGAUAUGAGGCCAUUGCCGGCCACGCGUGGAGAUGUGCAUGUAAGGUACGUGCAGUUGAUAGUCAUAAUAGUCAAUCAACAAGAGCUCGCUUUGGAGUUGACAUUCGUAAUCGGUUAAAGCCAUCUCUUCCUGAAAGAUAUUUUGGGAAUGCAAUUUCUGUUACUGUGACACCAAUAUGUCUCUAUGAAGACCUCUUGUCCAAGCCAUUGAGUUAUUCUGCUGGGAAACUAAGGGAAGCCAUUGAGAGAAUGGAUGAUGAGUAUAUAAGAUCUGCUCUUGAUUUUAUAUCAAGUCAGAAGGAUGUGAGUGGGCUAAGGUCUAACUUUCACAUUCAAGGAUACUCGGAAGCACCUUUCCUAGGGAACCCUAACAUUUCUCUUGGCAGCUGGAUAGGUCUACCAAUCUACGAUGCAGAUUUUGGAUGGGGAAAGCCUAUAUACGUGGGUCCUGGGUUGCUAAACAUGGAUGGUAAAUCAUUCAUUAUGCCAAGUUCCACUGCUGACGGAUCUCUCAUUAUAGCACUUCGUUUGCAAACACAAUACAUGGAUUCUUUCAAGAAAAUCUUUUAUGAGGAUAUUAUGGAGUAAAAUUAAGAAGCUCCUCUUAGUGUCAGCCCAGCCAAGUUAUGAUCAUGAUAUACCUAAUAAUAGCUGUAAAAUGCGAUGGAAAAUUCAAAAUCUUCAAAGGCUUUGAGGUUGAUGGCUAA